CAGCUCGGUUAGCUGGAGCUGAGGGGGGAACGCGCGUGUCCUGGCUGCGUGCUGCUGCAGCUGUUGCGUGGCGUGGCGCGCGCGCCGGACGCUACGGGAGCGGAGCCAGGAACAGCUACUUCCUCCCAAACUCCUUCAGCACAGCGUAUAAAACCAGCGCCACAUUCACCGGAGCCGUGAGUAGCGGGACGGGACGUGUGCUCGGAACAACUAGUACGGGCAGAGAAAGAAAGAAAGAAAAAAAGGAGGAACUUUAAUCUGAACGAGAACUUCGCUGUUAGUCCGGGAUGAAGGCUUUUCUAGGAGCGGUCAUGGCGCUCGCGCUGCUCGGAGUGCAGGGGAGGAAGCCCGCCCAGGGCAACUGCGUGGAUGAGUCCUGCGUUACACUGCAUGCGGAGCGCGUGGAUUUCGACUCGGCACAGAAGUCCUGCCAGGAUGCAGGAGGGCAUUUAAUGACUGUGCGAUCAAAAAGAGCGAACAGUGUCGUCUCAGAGCUGUUGACUGGAUCUACUGGAAACUUUUGGAUUGGUCUGAAGUACACGAGGGAGUCAUGCUCUACUGAGGAGCCCACCCUGGAUCUGAAAGGAUACACAUGGAUCACUGGAGAUGCAGCAACUAAUUUCACUAACUGGAAAAGCCUGGAACGCGUCUGCUCUCAGAAGUGUGUGUCCCUAUCUAAAGAGGAUUCGGCAUGGACGGAACGAGACUGUAAUCAUGCAGUUCAGGGAUACUUGUGCGAGUACGAAGUCACUACGAAGUGCCCGGGCCUCGGGCCACAAGUCCUGUACGAAACUCCUUUCGGCUUUGCGAGAGAAGAUCUCCAAGAAAUCCCCAGUACGAGCAAUGCGACCGAUCAUCUGGGAACGAAAUACAUCUGUUUAGAAGGCGAUUGGGUUAAAGCGCCUUGGAACUGUGAAGUGUAUAAAGGAGGAUGUGAACACAACUGCUCCAAGUCGUAUGAUGCAUCUGUUUGCACCUGUUUUCCAGGCUAUAAGCUUGAAAGCAACAAUGUCCGUUGUAGCAGAGCACGCAUCGACCCAUGUCUGCGAGCAAACUGUUCCCACAAAUGCGUAGCGAAAGGACAGCGUUAUGCUUGUGAGUGUCCUAAUGGAUAUGAUCUUCUGCAGGAUAAAAAGACCUGCAAGCGUAUUGACAACUGCGGCGGUGAAAGACUCUGUCCUGAAGAAAACUCCUACUGCGCCAGCACUGCCGGCGGCUUCGAGUGUCGGUGUAAGAAAGGCUUCAGGAAGGAAAAGGACAAGUGUGAAGAUGAAGAUGAAUGUUUUUCCGGGCCUUGUGAACAUAUAUGCAAUAACACUGUAGGUAGUUAUCAAUGUGAAUGCUCAGAAGGGUACAGAGUGUCAUCGGAAGACAAACACAAAUGCACGCUUUAUUGUCCGCAUUCAAAAUGUCCGGCUGCCUGUGACUAUAACAACCCUCAUCAGUGUGACUGCCCGAUUGGCUACGUGCUAGAAGAAGAUUUAGGCUCUUACAUCUGCGUUGAUAUAGAUGAGUGCGACUCACGGUCUUGUGAUCAGCACUGUAUUAAUACUUAUGGGGGAUACAUCUGUACAUGCAACAAGGGAUUUCAUGUCACUAAUAGUACCACGUGUAAUGAGACAGAGGGAAUAAGCACUACCCCAUCCAUUAUACCUACAAGCAGGAUUCCGCCAACGGAGCAAAGUCUAGUUGGAGGUAUUCUUGGGAUAAUCGUUGGCAUUGUUAUUUUAAUUCUGUUGAUCGUCUGUGUCACUCAUCAUCAAAUGAAGCGCUGUGGGAAGAUCACUACAGAUAAAGAGCAGAAAGACAUGCAUGCGUUGCAGCAAGUCACUACAGAAAAUUAUGCCAAAAAUCAAUCUGUCUCAAACGUACAUUACAUUUAAAACGGUGAAGUACUUGCACUACACUUAUGCAUUUAGCAAAGACACCCUUAUCCAGAGUGACUUACAUGUGUUUCUCAUUUAUACAUGUGAUGUUUAAGGGCUUUGCUCAAGGGAUCAACAGUGGCAGCUUGUUGGUGCUGGGGUCUGAACUGGAAAAAAGAGGCAAUGUUAUCAUGAAGAAAUUAAUUCAAAGCCAAACUCAAUUGUAGACAAUUUUUCUUUAUUUAUUAUACUGUAAGAAAGUUAUGUGAAUGUUCUGUGACCUGCCAUAACGCACAUACAUGGUAAUAUGGAAGAAAAUAUCGUAGGGACAGUUAUAUAAUAUUUAUUUAUAAAUUAGAACAAAAAUACUCAGUAAACUACGGUAAAGCUGUUGUUUUAUUCUUACAUUUGUGGUAUUAUUAUUAUUAUUAAGGCAUUUAUAUUAACGUUCUCUUUUUUAUUGAAUACAAAAAUUAUUUGAAGGAAAACUCUAAUUGCAAUUCUAAAGCAUUCUGAAUGUAACUCAGUGAUUUUAACCAUUUUAAUAUGAAUAUUGGAGGGUGAAUUCUCUCCUUUUAAGCCAUCAUAGAUGUUCAGAUGUUCUUUACCUCCAUUCUACAUGAAUCCAUGGAAAUCUCUAGUAUCUGAAUCACAUGCUCAAAUAUGCAGCAUGAGGGCAAAAGACAGCGACGAAUGUUUCAGUUGGUUCAGUACUGUGUAAUGUACAAUAGCAUUUUAAAAUCAGAAUGUCAAACUUUUAGCCAUAACCCAUUUCUUUUGAAAAACAUGAAGAGGAUCCUUUAACUUGUGUGUGGAAAUUAAUUAUGUAGAAGAUUUCAUUUUUUUUUAAAGAAGAUGGAUAUGGCUUUACUUUAUGUAAAAGAAAAUAUAAAGGACUAAUAAUACAUUAAUACAAUUAAAUUUCUGUAUAUUUUA